UCUAUCUGGAGCGGAGCUAGCUAGGGGGUUAUGGUGGUUUGGAGGUACCGGGGGGAUCGAUGGCGAUGGGUUUGGCUCCGCUGCUUCACUGCACUUGCUAAUUAUAGCUAGUUGCUUGCACGCGCAGAGGUUUUCUAGCUGCUUGCUGCGCCGAUUCCUCUCCUGCUUCGAUUCUUGUGUGGGUAUUUCUAGUGGGGUUUCACUGCUUGCUUGAGGCUUCUUCCCUUCUCUACUCUUUGUCUGGGGGCUCCUCGAUUUGGUGUAGCCAAUCUGCACAAGGAGGUGCACAAAGAGAGUGUCAGUUUGGUCCUGAUUCCCAGUUUGCAUAGCGGCUUCAUUAAUUGGUUAUAAAAGGCUGAGUUGUGGUUGCCGAAAAGAGUACUUGCGUUAGGCGCCAUCCUUAUCAAUGGAUGCGCCUGCGUUGUGUAGUACCAGUAAUUCUGUCGAGACAGAGGAGAAGCACUCCUCAGUGCCACUAGUGAUGUUGUUGGGACAGAGGAGAGGCACUUCUCUUUCUCUGUAUGCUAUUCUUGCAAUACUUUUACCAAUUUUGACUUCCGGGACGGCGUAAUUGGCUUACUUAAUUAGAUAGAUGUUCUAUGUACCUAUCAGUGUUAAAUGGCUUCACUGGUGGGUUGCUCUCACAGUUGUGGAUCGGUGCAAUGCUAGUGGACGGCCACCCACUUGGUUUCUGGAAGAAGGUAGCAUCUGGUGGCUAAUUUUGUAUUAUCUGUCUUUUGGAAGGAAAUAUAGUACAUUUGGCUAACGAUAUAGCCUUUUGGAGCAAGUGGUGGGUGCACUGGGGAUAGAACUGAGCAAACACCUCAAUAUACCCUGUGGUUGCUUUUUUAGUUAUGUGUCGCUAUCUGCAUCAAAAGUGAAGGACAUUGCAGCUGGCACAAGUAGAAAUUGUUAAUCCUGCCCAGUGGAUUAGGUAACCGGAACUGCAGAUUUGUAGAAACGAAAUGAUACUGAGAUGUUUACUUGAUUUGUCGAAAGGAUUGCAAAGUUGAAUUGAUACACAUUUCUGAUUCUUUUACCCAAAUAGCACCUAUACUGUAUGAAUUGAUAUAAAUAUGCACCACUAAUGUUGCAUUUACUUCUAAUUUCCGGGGAAUCUUGUGUAUCGUUGAUUACUGGUAAAAAGUGAGAGCAUCUAUUUAUGGACCAUAAAACAUGGCUUUGGAGAAAGAAGGCAUCAGAAAGGACAGUUUUAGUAAAGAAUAAACCAAAUAUAUCAGAUAAGGAACAGGAGGAGAAGAUUGCACGGCUAGAGAGAUCACUGCAAGGCUUAAAUGAACAACUUUCAUUUGCUCAUGCUGAAUGCUUCGAGAAGGAUGCUAUUUUAUCCAAGCAAGCAAAAGUAGCUGAAGAAGCCAUACUAGGCUGGGAGAAAGCAGAGGCUGAAGCUAUAGCUAUCAAGACAGAACUUGAUGAUACUCUACAUCAGAAAGCCAUGGUUGAGCAAAGGAUUUGUCAGCUUGAUGAGGCUCUAAAUGUUGCAGCGGAAGAGAGGGAGUUGUUGAUAAAGGAUACUGCUCAAAUAAUUUCUUGUGAGAAGGAUAAAGUUUGGAAUCUAGAACAAAAUGUCGCGGAGAAAGAGAACAUAAUUGCUAGCUUGGACGAUGAGUACAGCAGACUAUCUGAAAUCCUCUCAGCAAAAGAGAAAAUCAUCUUAGAUCUAACUGAAUCAAAUGCAGUGAAAGAGUCGGACUUGAAGGACCUUGCAGUAAAACUAGAGUCAACAGAGAGAUCAAAUUCUUCUCUUAGAUAUGAGGUUUGCAUGCUGCAGAAGCAACUUGAUAUUCGUAGUGAGGAAAGGAAGUGUAACCUCAAAUCUGCUGAUGCUUCACACAAACAACAUCUUGAAAAUGUAAGGAAGAUUACUAAGCUAGAAGAAGAAUGCAAGAGAUUGCGCUCAAUGGUACGUAAAAGGCUACCAGGACCAGCUGCCAUUGCUAGAAUGAGAAGUGAAGUUGAAACACUGAGCAGCAGUACAACACACAUAAGGACGGGAAAGUUGAAUUCUUCGCCAUCCUUCAAUUCAUAUGAUCAGACACAGAACACUUCCAAUGCAUCACAUGUAAGUCCUUCAUUGCUUGCAAGGCUACACGUGACGGAAGAUGAAAAUAAGGCCAUGCAGGAAUCUCUUUCUAGAAAGGAUGGUGAACUUCAGCAUUCCCGUACCAUGCUUGCUCGCACAACCUCUAAACUUUCCCAAGUUGAAGCUCAACUCGAAGACUUAUCAGGUGAUCGAGCUACCACAGAACUGGCAAAAAGGAGUCCUACAGUGGUUGAAAAUCCUCUUUCAUCUAUCUCCGAGGGUGGUCGCAAUGAAGAUAAUGUCAGCUGUUCUGGUUCAUGGGCAUCAGCCUUGAUUUCUGAACUUGAACAUUUCAAGAAGGGGAAGCUGACUACACCUUCUUGUAAGAGCACAAGAAUGUCAGACUUAAGUUUCAUGGAUGACUUUGAAGAAAUAGAAAGGCUAGCGAUGGUAUGUGAUGAUAAGCCUUCAAAAUCAUAUGAUGUAAAGAGAGAGGCAGCAGAAUCAGCAGGUAAAGAGCUGGUUCCAGUUGAUGGUCUCAGUGAAACAGCUAAUCAAGUUCACCCGCACAAGACUGAGAAGGGACUCCUGAAGUUAAUUGAACUUGUCGAGGGAGUUAUCCAGAGAUCGUCAAAAGAUUACAGUAGCAACCUUGUGCAAUCUGGUGGCAACAUGGGUGAUCAAUCUACGCUGAUAACUGGUUAUUUCGCUCAUGCAUUCUUAUGGAAAACAUCAGAACUCACAUGUGUACUGCGACACUUCAUUGUUGUAUGCAAUGAGCUUCUGUAUGGGAAUACUGAUGUCGAAAGAUUUGUUCUUGAAGUGAGCCUCACACUAGAUUGGAUACUGAACCACUGCUUUUCACUGCAAGAUGUAUCAGAGAUGAGGGAAACUAUCAUAAAGCAUUUGCAUUUAGAUAGCACUGAUGUGCAUGAAGCUGUUGCAGCCAAACAAAUAGGAGUCCAAGCCACAAAUGGCAUAGAUGAACCCGGCACUCCAAACAGCGUGCAGAUGUCACUAGUUUCUCAAUCAAGCCCCAUGGAUAUUGGACUUAAAGCUGAUAAUGACACAGACAGUAUAAGGAAUGGAGUCUCAUUCUUCCAUGCACCGGAAGUAAAAUCUUCAAGUUUGCGAGCAGAACUUAAUGCAUUGAAAGAAACAGGAAAUCUGGUAACACAUGGUGUUGAUGGUAAAUCAACAGUGAGUGAACUUGACAAACACAAAUCCAUCGCUAACUCUGAGGUAAACAAGGGCAAUCUACAGGGAAGCAGUCACUCUACUGAAGAAGACCCAAAAUGUGUUUCUGGGAAUAAAGAUAAAAAUCUACAAGCGCAGCUGGAGAUCUCGACAGCAUCAGAGAAGCUCAUUGAGUGUCAGGAGACAAUCCUAAACCUGGGAAAGCAACUGAAAGCACUUGCAUCGCCAAAGGAUGCCACCUCGGUUCGUCCAGAGCGAAAACCUCGGUCCAAGUCACUGAAUGAGAUGCUAGCCGUCGACGACGGGGGAUUUGAUGACCUCAGCUCCCCGAAGACCAAGGAGAUUAUAUGCUCAGAAAUAAGGCCACCACAUGAAAGAAAAUUUUCGGCCGACGGGGGAGGUGACGAUUCAGAAUCGUGUUAUUCUCACCCAACACCGGUGGCUCCACCCGCCAAGCCUUCCGUUGUGAGCGGAAGCUGCAAGAAAGAAGCCGCCGCCAAGGCCGUAUCACUAGCCGUUGUCCCAAGCAAGCAGAAGGGGAACCCCAACUUGCUCAAGAGGAUCCUGACAGGAAGGAGGAGGGAUGCCAUAAUCAAACCAAAGGUGGUCCUGAGUGCUUAGCUGACAGAGACCAAGGGUAACUCUAUCCAUGAUAAAUUCCAUUUCCAUGUGUAAAUUAAGCGUGUAUCAGUUACCUGUUGAGCUGUGUUUCUUGUCAGGUUUAGGAAGAACCAUGGAGUGUGGAUGCCGUGUAUGUAUUACAAGUAUUAGUGUGCUUUGUAGCGUUGUGGCCAGCAUUACCCUGUUCCUUAGGUGUAUGAACUUGUGUUUGCUCUUGGAUGUGGCUAAUUUGUGAGUAGCAUGCUAUUAUGUGCAUCCUUUUGAGGAA